AUGGCGGCCGCGGGCUUGGUCGCUGUGGCCACGGCUGCAGAGUACUCUGGCCCUGUAGCGUCGGGAGGUAACCUCUCCGGUGUUAACUGCGGCCCAAGCUCCGGAGCAGGUACUGGUCCUGGCCCGGGUUCGUGGAGCCGCUCCCUCGAUCGAGCGCUAGAGGAGGCGGCUGUGACCGGGGUGCUGAGCCUGAGCGGCCGGAAACUGAGGGAGUUUCCCCGGGGAGCGGCCAACCAUGACCUGACGGACACCACCCGGGCGGAUCUGUCACGAAAUCGCCUCUCAGAAAUUCCCAUAGAAGCAUGUCAUUUUGUUUCUCUUGAGAAUCUCAACUUAUACCAAAAUUGUAUUCGGUAUAUACCAGAAGCAAUUCUAAACCUACAAGCUCUAACAUUCUUAAAUAUUAGUCGGAACCAGCUGUCAACAUUGCCAGUACAUUUGUGUAAUUUACCAUUGAAAGUCUUAAUUGCUAGUAAUAACAAAUUGGUGUCACUUCCAGAAGAAAUUGGACAUCUCAGACACUUAACAGAACUUGAUGUGAGCUGCAAUGAAAUUCAAACAAUACCUUCCCAAGUUGGUAAUUUGGAGGCCCUAAGAGACCUUAACGUCAGAAGAAAUCACUUAUUACGUUUGCCUGAAGAGCUGGCAGAGUUGCCUUUGAUACGGUUCGACUUCUCCUGCAAUAAAAUUACAACAAUCCCCGUUUGUUAUCGGAACCUCAGGCACCUACAGAUGAUCACCCUAGAUAACAAUCCACUACAGUCUCCUCCUGCACAGAUAUGUAUAAAAGGCAAAGUCCACAUAUUUAAGUACCUGAACAUACAGGCUUGUAAGAUUGCUCCAGAUCUGCCAGAUUAUGAUAGGAGACCCUUGGGUUUUGGCUCCUGCCAUGAAGAAAUGUACUCAGGACGCCCUUAUGGAGCCCUUGAUUCAGGUUUCAAUAGUGUGGACAGUGGUGAUAAGAGAUGGUCAGGAAAUGAACCUACAGAUGAAUUUUCAGAUCUGCCUCUUCGAGUAGCAGAAAUUACUAAAGAACAAAGACUACGAAGAGAAAGCCAGUACCAGGAGAAUCGCAGCAGUUUAGUAGUAACAAAUGGUGGAGUGGAACAUGAUCUGGAUCAGAUCGACUACAUCGACAGCUGUACUGCAGAGGAGGAAGAAGAUGAGAUGAGACAGCCCAAGGGCCUGGACUCAGACAGCCUCAGUUCCCAGUUUAUGGCAUAUAUUGAACAACGGCGAAUCUCUCAUGAGGGUUCACCCAUAAAGCCAGUACCUCUGAGGGAGUUUCAAAAAACAGAAGACAUGAGAAGAUAUUCACAUCAAAACAGGGUUUCAUCUGAGCCAUCUUCUCUCAUGUCACUGUCACCAAGUCACAGUCAGUUAUCACAUGCAGACUUGGAAAUUCUUCGGAGAAGAGAACAAUUAGUAGAGCGUACUCGGAGAGAGGCACAGCUUGCGGCCCUACAGUAUGAGGAAGAGAAAAUAAGGACCAAGCAAAUUCAAAGAGAUGCUGUCCUGGACUUUGUCAAGCACAAAGCAUCACAAAGUCCACAAAAACAACAAUCCCCCUUAGAUGGUGAGUGUCCCUUCCCAUCCAGAAGGUCUCAGCACACUGAUGAUAGUGCCUUGUUAGUGUCGCUGUCAGGGUUGAAUCAAGUGGGCUGUGCUGCUACCCUGCCUCAUUCUUCUGCCUUCAUGCUUCUUAAGAAUGAUGACAGAUCUAAUACCAUAUCAAGUUCACCUACAACAGAAACAGUUCAUCAUUCCCCUGCAUAUUCUUUUCCUGCUGCUAUUCAGAGAAACCAGGCCCAGCGCCCUGAAAGCUUCCUUUACCGAGCAGCUGUCAGGGCAGAAGCAAAUAAAGGUCAUGCUUCACCCCUUCUUUCAUCUUCUGCACCUCCCACUGACUCUGCAGAUCCCAUAACAAGACCCAAUUCAAGACAGAGAGAAGAAGAGCUGGAAUUAAUGGAUCAACUACGGAAACAUAUUGAGUACCGGUUGAAAGUAUCACUGCCUUGUGAUCUGGGAGCAGCUCUAACCGAUGGUGUUGUUCUUUGCCAUUUGGCCAAUCAUGUGCGGCCUCGAUCUGUCCCAAGCAUCCAUGUCCCCUCACCAGCUGUACCUAAAUUAACAAUGGCAAAAUGCAGGCGGAAUGUGGAGAAUUUCCUAGAAGCUUGCAGAAAAAUUGGUGUACCUCAGUCUCCCCACCCGAAAGAGGAAGUGGACAAUCCCGGAGGCCACCUCUUCCUCUCUGCUUCUGCCUUCCACCCCAGUGUCGACCACCAUCACUACCACCACUACCACUCUGAGAUGGGUUCCUGUUACGAUGCUGCUUCUGUUAAAAAAUUAGUCAUUUGCUUAAAACAGAGUGAAGGAAAAUGAAUAAAUACAGAAACUCAUAGGUUCAAACUAACCUCAGGUCCCUCUGCCCCAGGAGGAAAGAAGAAACCUGUACCUCUUCCUCUUCCUUUGUCCUCCCCUAUGUCUGGGCAUUCUGAUCUUUACCCAAAUACCCCCACUUCUGUUUGA